AUGGCUACCACCGUCUCCUUCUUCUCCGGCCUGAUCGUCCUGCUCUACCUCUCGACCUUUGUCGUCUUCGCCCUCCUCCGCAUCGUCACCGGCAUCUCCAUCCAGCGCCUGGGUUGGUAUGGUCUGCGCCGCAUUUCCUACACCCCAAAGGAUGGCGUCCGCCUCGACCUCCGCGGCCUGAGGAUAUCGCUACACCGCCCGACUUUCGCCCAACCAACAUACGUCAGCCUUGUCCUCGAGGAGCUCAAGGUCUCAGUCGACCUCAACAAGUUGGGGGCAGCCACGCCAAAAUCGCCCGCCUCGAAAUCUCACGCGAAUGGAUCCGCACACACAAAGGAGGGCGACAAGGCGUCGGGAGAGGCAGCCGGCGAGUUCAAGAAGGGACACAAAAGAAGCAGGACCUGGCAGAAGUUGACCGAGACCAAGGAGAAGAUAAAAAAGUUGCACAGGAAACUCGACUGGAUCCGUUUGGUCGACCUGGUCGCGACCUCGACGUCGCUGGUGAUUCAGGAUGUCGGCACCGUCCAGGUCGCGCAGUUCACCGCCGCCCUCGACACCAGGCGGAAGAUGGUCGACCGCAGCCGACUGUUCCAGCACAGGCGCGCCAAGUCCGAGCACCAGAGCCCGGCAGAGUGGAUUUUCACCAUCCGGAAUAUCCUCUUCAGCCCCGAAGGCCAGGAGUCUACCGAGAUCUUGGACCACCUCACGCUCAACGUCCACGGCUUAUUAUACAAGGAAAUGGACGGACUACGUGAUGCUACCAUUGCUCUCAAGCUGGGACGCCUUAAUGUGCCAUUUGACGAUAUUCACACAUGUUUAGAGAGGGUCAAGGAGAAAAAGAAGACAGAUGCCAGCAACGAGGCUGCAGGGACAGGUGAUGGCUAUUCGUUCAACGACGUCAUGGAAGAGUUGGAACGUCCAGGCAGUCGCGAUGAGGAAAUAGUCCAGACUGUGUCGGAUUCAAAAGAGUUUGUCAGUUCCCUUCUGCGCGGAAUACAGGAGAUCCAAUUCGCCGUCAGUUUCUUCGGCUUGACAAAGCGGAUCCGGGAUGGAAGCACAAAGGCAAGCCCCGUGUACCUGAACAUGUCUAUGAAGGAGUUUGGAUUCGACCUUCUACGCCUGGAUCCCCGGAGUCCGGCACAUCUCAUGUACUUUGCGCCUCACGACAUCGCUCACCAGGCGCUCAUUGCGGCUAUUGCCAUAUCCGUGGGAAUUGACCACGGACAGGAUCAUCCGGAAAGGCUUCUGUACAUUCCCAUGGCUACCAUGACGCUCAAGACCACGCUUCCCUCGAAGACCAUCCAGAUCGACCGGGAAAGAGACGUCACUGAACGCAACACCAACAUUCUGUUUGCCAAUUUCGUUGUCACCUCUCCGUCUCUGGACCUUGAUCCCAGACAUCUGCCUUUGAUACUCGCGUUACUGCAAAGUUCAAAUCCCAAGAAAGCGCCCCGCCGGGAUCCGCACGACAAGCGGCACAUUGCGUCUCGUUUGUUGCCUAAAGCAAACAUCAAGUUCUCUGUGCACGAGCCUGUAAUCAGAGUCACUUUGCCUCCAAUGGAGGCCGACAAGAAGGAGACCGGAGAGUUUGAUCUGCUGAUCUCCAAUAUGUCGUCUGUAUCUCUGGAUUUGGAGUCUUCACAUUCAGCCGGCGGGGAUUUGCACUAUUCCCUAUCGUCUUUCUUCCGCCUGGCGUCGCAUGAACUGUACUAUCAGACAGCGGCCGGCGAGAAGCACAACCUUCUCGCAACAGACGCGACUGAGCUCAAGGUUCAGCUGGAUGCAUCACCCGAGGUUUCGGUCGUUGUGGGAUUGAACUUCGAAACAUUCAGCAUCUUCAUGGUCCGUCCGGAGAUUAGCGAAGGUGUGCGCCAGAUCGUCGCUCAGUUGCGCACAUACGAGGCGUCCAACGCGGGCAGAUCCUCGUCGAAGAAUAAGCCAAAUUUCUUACGAAAACUGCCGAAAUGGCUCACCCAUUUCCAAGUGCAGGGAGCCGAUUUCAAUGUGGAAGUUGCUGGUAUCGACCAUGAUGUUUCGGAAAACUCCCGUGGCUGCGCAAUACACUUGGAUUCGUGGACAGCCGAGUACAAGGCUGAUAAGACGGAGGAUGCUGGAUCGAGGAUAUCUCGGCGCAGGAUGACCAGCAGGACCGUACCAACUGAAUCCCAGCUGAGAGCGACGUCCCCAUCUUCGCCUCCGCUCUCGCCAGCUCCACGGAAAAGAAAUCUCACCGAGACCGACGGGAGACGCUUGGCGAUCCAUGUCACAGGGCUGGAAGGGUUCGUCAUCGAGUCCUCCGACUCGAGAGAAGAAGAGUCCUUCCUCAAACUGCCACGCUUUGAGGUGGCAUUCACCACCUCGACCGACAUCCAAGGACCAGUUUUCCAUGUGAACUCUUUUGCCCAGAGCCUCUUGAUUCACUACUCUUUGUACAGACACUUUGCGAUUGGCGUUGCCAUCAUGGUGCUGCAGAGAGCCUUUGUCAAGCAGUACGCCGAUCGAAGCUUCGCGGCUCCUGCUCCUGAGACACCGCAGACACAUCGGAGACACCUGACUGUCCCAGACGCUUCUGAGGCCGCCGAUACUGUGCAAAGCGUGCCUACCACACCAUCCAAGCCGGAGAUUGUUACUUUGGACUUCCGCGUUGGGUUCAUCCAGGCCAAAGCCACCAUGCCAGGGGACCCACCGCUGAUGCUCCAGAUCCAAGGCUUUGAUGCAGGGCGUCACAGAUGGGCAUCGCCAUUUGUUCGCGCCAAAAUGUUCCGCUUGUACACGGGAGCUCCUGGUCUCAAGAAGAUUUGGGCUCGCAUGGUCAGCAUCAAGACGCUUCGCGUUGACCUCAGGUCCUCCAGGCGCAAAACUGGAACCACUGUCACUGAAGAGAAGUCCAUUGACGUUGCGACGGAGGCCGUUCGUAUCGCCGUCCCGCAUCAAUUGGUCGUCCACCACGUCUUUGACAACAUCACGAAUACCAUCAAGACCGUUGAGCAGCUCCACCAUCGCUUCAAGACCCAAUCCAACGAGUACGUCCUCGACAAGCCGCCGGAAGAUCCGAAGAAGGUGCCGAGAAUCUCAAUCCGCAGUCAAGCCCUCCUCUUCGAGAUCGAAGAGGGCGGGUUUGAAUGGAAGCUCGGAACCAUUUUCCGACUCGGCAUGCUCGAACAAAGGCAGAGACUUGCGAGAGAGGAAGCGUUCGAGAUCAAAGCCAGAAAGCUUGCGGAAAGCGAUAGGCGUCGUGGUAACACCAGCCAUCGUGCGAGAUCUGCACACCCUCGUGGACGCAGCGCGCAAAGACGAGGAGCUGCUGAUGUGGGGAGAAAGAGCCAAAGUGCUGACCGAGAGAUCACAUCCCCCAGUUCACGUGGACGCGGUAUGCGAUACGACGUGGACGGCGCGGCAGAAUUGGACGACAACGCGAGAAUCCACAUCGAACAGGCCCGCGAGAAAUUGAACAAACUCCACGCGCAGAGCUGGAAGAGGAGGAUUGACCAAGGCAUGCAGUUCCAGAAUGCAGCUGUCAAAGACAUCCGUUCCAUGUUCUGGGGUAUCGACGACAUGCCAGAAGAGCCCGAGCAGACCGAGACAAUCCUGGCCAUUCCUCAGCGGCCCGCGCUGUUGGCCUUCCUGGUCAGCGACCUGAACUUCAUCAUCGAUAAACCUAGCUUCCCCAUGUCCGAGUUACCCGCUUACCUGAACCGGAUCGGAAAGGGCAUGCCUACCGACAUGCAAUACUCUCUGCUCAUUCCCAUGAAUGUCCAGAUCAACUUGGGCGAGGCGCGUUUGACCUUGAGAGACUACCCUCUUCCGUUCGUCCAUGUGCCCGCGAUUCGUACCGGACAGUCCACCAGGCUCCCCAGUCUGUCUUUGAAGACGGAUUUCGUCAUUGCCGAAGAAUACAGGGACAGAGAAUCCAGUCGAUUGCUCGAUGUCGAAGUGGUGCCGCCGGAGAUUUCGGAGUCGGGAGAGAAGAGCGGUGGUUUUUCCGUCAGCGUCCGCCGUACCAUUGCUCCGGUCAAGACCUACUCGGAUAUGAAGGUGGAAGUCAACACGAACUACCCCACAAGGAUAACGUGGGGUACUUCGUACCAGCCUGCCAUACAGGAUAUGAUGCAAGUCAUCGAGGGGUUCUCCAAAGCAGCGAUGGAUCCUUCCGACAAAGUCGGUUUCUGGGACAAGAUCAGGCUGUCCUUCCACUCCAAAAUCAACAUUGCGUGGAAGGGCGACGGAGACGUACAUGUCAUUCUCAAGGGUUCCCGCGAUCCUUACAAGGUCACUGGAGACGGCGCUGGCUUCACGCUGUGUUUGCGGAACGAUGUGCAGUUGAACAUCUGUCAAGAAGACGAUCCCAAGAAGUUCCUCACCGUGGACAGCGGGACCGCCAUUCUCGCUGUUCCGGACUUGAGUCACUACGCACGAAUGGUGGAGCAAGAAGAAUCCGACUCGGAGAGCAUCAUCAGCGGUUCCAGCUUCAAGCAAGGAGCUUCAUUCCGCAAAACGGUCAUGAAACUUUCUGGCAACGUCAGGGUGCUGAUCGGUCUCGUGUUCGAGCGCGAGGAGGAUGGCAAACGUUCGUUCGAUUUCGGACCGCAUUACAACGUCAUUCUCAAACAUCCGGAUUACGCCAAGCCAUUCGAGGGCAACGAGUACGAUGCUUUCAGAGGCUUCCGCAGUCAUCACAUCCACAUGUCUGUGGCCAUCGCCGCUCCAUACGACAGGGACUGGUCCGUCGCAAACACCAAGGCUUCUCCGAACUACAACAGUGUCCAUCUCACGCCCAGGUUCUUCAGCCACUUCUACAGCUGGUGGUCAUUGUUCUCCGGCGCCAUGUCUCUGCCAGUCCGACAAGGUGCUCUUUGGCCGGGCGUGGAGAAGUCUGGCAAGAAGUUCGGUCGCCAUCUUGCGACUAUCAAGUACAGUAUCCUCUUGUCACCGCUUUACAUGAGCCACGUCUACAAGCACAAGGAUCCGGACGACUAUGGCAAGAGCGUGGUAUCUGCAACCGGAUUGAAGGUCCGACUGGACAGUUUCAUGGUCGACAUUCACCAGCGACGAGAGGAAUUCAGGACAUCGGCGCAGACUGCAAACAAACCAGCCACAACGACGGGAAUGCGCAUCAACCAGGUCCAGCUGGAUUUCAUUUCCGCCGAUAUCCGUGCCGUCGCGGCGACCAUCAACGGCACGGAGCAAAGUGACAUCGAGGAAGCUACGGAAGAUACCCUGGCUUCCUACCAGAAUUCGCACGAUCCUCAAGUUGAUCUUUCAAAAUUCACCAUCCCGGACAACGACCUCUCAUGGGUAGACAUGGAUGACUUCGUCGAGCUGGAUUGGAUCCUCCCAUCCGAAAGCAACCCCGAGACGAAGAUUUUGCCUCUUGCUUUCGCGCCUCGAUUCACUUACUUCCGCCAAACUGACCACCAGGACAACAUCUCCGGGGACCCGCAUAGGUCCAGUUCUUUCGGCAACGAGCCUACACACUACUGUGUCAUGUCGAAGCAGAACGAUCCUCGCCGAGUCCAGUGCAACCUGAUCUCGGAUCGCCUCAAGACGGUUUGCGAGCAGAUCGAGCAAAGCCAGCGCGACAUUGGCGAGCAGCAGCUCAGGAUCCUUCGAUCUACCAGCGAGGACGAUUGGGAGCUCGAAGAGAGGUUGGCGGUGUACCAGCACCACGACGACAACCUCAAGAGGAAGCGCGACAUUCUCCAGUCCAUGCAUUCCAGUCUGGUCAGUCGUCUGGAGCGGGAUGAUCGGUCCGCUGUCCCGCGAUCGGAGGGCGAAGACCAAUACCUCGAAGCUCCGGAGAUGUACGAUGCCACCGACAAGGAUACAAAGGGCGUUGACUCGACGCCUCUUGCGGAUUACAUCAGCGACUUCAACAACCGAUUCGUGAUCCACAACGCUCAGGUGAAAUGGAACAAUGCCCUCAGGAACAUCAUCCUUCGGUAUAUCCAUCAAGUCAGCCAGCGCCGCGGUUUCGUUUACUACAUGUCGAGAAGAGCAGUCAAAUUCAUCCUCGAUAUUGUAGAGGAGCAGAACAAGGCCGAUGAACCGCCAGAAUCGCCAGGCCAGAGACCGCGGACCAUGUCGACGCCGUUAUCGCCCCAAGCCGAUGAUGAUGUGGAUGUCAAGGACCGCAUACAACAACUGCUUGAAGAUGGCAAGAAGUUCGUCAACGCAAAUGAUCCUGAAAUGGCCGAGGAGGCGCAGAAGCCGAAUGCGGAUAACGCCAACGAAGACAUCGCGCAAGAGUUCACCGCACAGAAUGCGUAUCACGUCCGCCUCAUCGCACCCCAGAUCCAAUUGCAGAGCGAGAAGAACCCGAAGUCGGCUGUGCUGGUUGCUGCAAAGGGCAUGCAGCUCAAGGUCAUUGAGGUCAUGGACAAAGAAAACGUCGAGGACGACGUCAGCGGCCUCGUCCAGCGUCGUUUCUCUGCUGCCAUGGAUAGCCUGCAGAUCUUUGUCACCAGCACGAAGACAUUCUCAACCGAGUAUCUCCACAUGUAUUCCGGCAACAGAUACGGAGCCGCCGUGGGAAGCUCCUGGCCCCCCUGGGUUCCCUUUGAGGUCAUGUUCGAGUUCGACACAAAUCCCUACGGAUUCUCGAGAGUCGUGCAGAGAACUUCGGCAAGCUUGAGAUACGACAAGUACAACACGCUGCGUCUAAAAUACAAUGAAGACGUCAGUGGAGAGGAUUCCGGCAACCCGAACUGCAUUGACAGUGCGGAGAGUCGUGUUGAUCAUCUCUGGGUCGAGUUUCCUCACGUGCGCGCCGUCUGCGACUCCAUGCAGUACUACGCCGUGUACAUCAUCGUUUUGGACCUGCUCCUCUACAGCGAACCUCUUGAGAGGCAGCGAAGCGAGAAGCUUGAGAAGAUCAUGCUCGCAUCCGACUUCAGCGAUCUCGACGGUGCGCCGGAGCUCGUCGUCUCCCUUCAAGAAAGAAUCCACCAACUCGAAGAGAUCAAGAACCGCUUCCAGAUCCAUGAGCAGUAUCUCGACCGCGAGGGCUGGAAGAACCGCAUCGAGUUGGAGCGACAGCUGUCUGAGAACGAAGAGGAGCUGUUCUUCAUGAUGAAGGCCAUUACGACUUCUCAGCGCAAGAGCGAUGACCGUGCAGCCGAGGCAUCGCAACCGACAGGACUCCUCCGCUACCUCAUCACCGCCUCUGAAAUCGUCUGGCAUCUGGUCCGCGAAGGCAGCGAAUCCCUUGCCGAAGUCCAGCUCGGAAAUGCAUCGUUUGACCGCACUGACAACAGCGAUGGCUCGAACCUCAAUUCCUUGGAGGUUGAGCGCAUCCACGGUCUGAACUUGCUACCAGAAGCCGUAUAUCCGGAGAUGAUCGCGCCAUACUUGGAUGAGAAGGCAAACGUUGCCGAUGGCAGAGACACCAAGAUGCUUCGCGUGCACUGGUACAUGCUUGAGGCCAUUGCCGGCAUCCCGGUCAUGGAUCACUUCGAAGUCAACAUCUUCCCUCUCAAGGUCCAGCUCGAACGUGAGAUUGGCAAGAAGCUGUUCGAGUACAUUUUCCCGGGUGUGGGCUCCAAUGCGUUUGAGAACGGUGACUUCUCACCUUUCAUGGUCAAGCAAACGGCUCCUGGGGAAGAGGCGGAGAAUGGCGUUGGAGGUGAAGGCGAAGGCGAAGUGGAGGCAGCAUCGAUCGGCCAAGCAUCUCCUGAGGCACCAUCCGUCGCACAAUCGCACCGUGCCUCCAUUGACGGAUCAGGUCCUGGUGCGUUGGAGCUGCGCCUGCAGCCAACGCUUGCGCUUCCAGAUGAAAUCCGUCCGAAAUCGUCGUCUGGCUUGUCCCGUAAGGGCAAAGAGGGCGGAGGCCUCGACUUUGGAGCCUUCAAGAUGUUCGAUGCCUCCAGCCGUACCGGCACGAGCCUAUUCAGGAACUUGCAUUCUUCAGCCGGCCCCAAGGAUUCUUCAGACACUCUCACCAUUGCCAGCGCACGGCCUUCGAGCCGCCGUUCUUCGGCAACCAAGCUGAGCGGCAUGAACGACGAGAAAUCCAGAAACCGCUUCGCCAUGACGCGCGCUCCGAGCUCGAACCGCAAGGAGCGGUCGCAGGCGGACGACAUCAGCCAGAUGAUGAAGCGCGCGUCGAACUACAUGACGUUCGCGUACAUCAAGAUCCCCAGCAUGGUGCUGUGCCUCAGCUACAAGGGCAAAGGCAACCGCAACUUCGAGGACAUCCACGACCUGGUGUUCCGCAUGCCGACGAUCGAGUACCGCAACAAGACGUGGUCGAACCUCGACCUCGCCAUGGCGCUCAAGAAGGACGUCAUCCGCGCCCUCGUGUCGCACACGGGCGCCAUCCUCAACAACAAGUUCUCGCACCACCGCCCCAAGGACAAGGGUCGCCUCAAGCAGUUCACCAACCCGUCCAUCCUGCUCAACACCGGCGGCGGCGGCGGCGGCAGCGACAGAGGCGACACGGCGAGCCUGAUGACAAAGGACAGCGACAAGGACAGCUCGCGCGACCGCAGCCCCGCCGACACGUCGACCCCCGACGAGCCCCGCCGCAGCUUCACCUCCGGCCGCGAGAGCACCCUCAGCCACGCUGACUCCUUCUCCUCCAGCGCCCGCAGCGUCACGGGCACGACGUGGACCGGUUCUGCCUCUGGCGGCGGCGGCGCCCCCAACAACGCCAACGCCAACGGCGGCUUGUCGGCAAGCGGAGGUAGGUUCCCCGGCAGCACCGGCGGCAUGGACGUCGACUCGGCCGCCGGCAGCUUCGCGGACGAGCUGUCGCAGGUCGACGACCGCGACACGGCGAGCAUCCGGCACGGGCCGAACACGCUGCAUCGCGCCAUCACGGCCAUGAGCUCGCGGUCGCGGGAGAAGGACGGGCUGCAGGACGAGACGGAGGAGGUGAAUCGGAUGAAGAGCCGGAUGUUGUUUGGGAAGAAGUUUGUGAGGGCUAUGGGUGGGGGAGGUGGAGGUGGAGGUGGAGGUGGAGGUGGGGGCCAGGGAGGAGGGGGAGGUGGUGGUGGUGGAGGGGGGGCGUCGGGGAAGUAG